AUGAAACUGCGGGACGUCCAGCGGCUGGAGCUGCCGCCCUCCGCCGACAUGCACGUCCACCUACGCCAGGGCGCCAUGAUGGAGCUCGUCGUGCCCCAGAUCCGCCGCGGCGGCGUCGACACCGUCUUCGUCAUGCCCAACCUACAACCACCCAUCACCACCGUUGCCCAGGCACUCGAGUACAAGGCCCUCCUGCAGGCUAUCGAGCCGAGGGUCACGUACCUCAUGUCCCUCUUCCUCCACCCCUCCGUGACCCCCUCCGUGAUCGCCGAGGCCGCGGCCGCCGGCAUCGUGGGUGUGAAGCUCUACCCUCAAGACAUGUACGCUAACACGCACGCUUUUCCCCCCUCCCCCGAGAGCACAGGCGUGACGACAAACUCAGAGAACGGCGUGUCGUCGUUCGACGACUUCGCGGCGACGUUCGCGGCCAUGGAGGCGCACGGGCUGGUGCUGAACCUGCACGGGGAGGCGCACGGGGACGUGCCCGCGGCCGCGGGCUCGCUCGAGGAGGCCUUCCUGCCGACCCUCGCGGACCUGCACGCGCGCUUCCCCCGCCUGCGCAUCGUCCUCGAGCACUGCUCCACCGCCGGCGCGCUCGACGCCGUCCGCGCCUGCGGGCCCGAGGUCGCCGCUACCAUCACCGCGCACCACCUGUACCUGACCGGCGACGACAGCAAGGUCGACCCCCUCGCCUUCUGCAAGCCCAUCCCGAAGCGAGCCUCGGACCGCGACGCGCUGCUCCGGGCCGUCGUCAGCGGCGACCCCAAGUUCUUCUUCGGCAGCGACAGCGCGCCGCACCCGCUCGCCAGCAAGCGCGCGGCGCCGCCCGCGCCGCCGCCCGCGGGCGUCUUCACGCAGCCGGUGGCGACGCAGCUGGUGGUGCUAGCGGUCGAGGAGGCGGCGGCGCGCGGCGUCGUCGACGACGCCGACGCUGACGCCGUCCGCGCCCGGCUCGAGGGGUUCCUCAGCCGCCACGGCCGCGCCUUCUACCGGCUUCCGCCGCCGCCGCCGCCGCAGGAGGCCAUCCGGCUCGAGCGCCGGAGCGAGACCGUCCCGGCGUCCGUCGGCACCGCCGGCGCCCUCGAGGUCGGCGUCUCGCGGGCCGGCGCUCCGGUCUUCAGCCUGAGCUGGGUGCCGAGGUGA